CGCAAAACAGAUGUUUCAUUCAACGAAUCAUCUGAAAUAUCGAAAAUGUCUUCGGAGGUUGCAGGGCCGAGUACAUCUUGUGGACAAGAUCAAGUCGACGAAGACGUCACCAGUCAAAGCAAAAGAAUGAGAUUGUCGACGAAAAGUAUUGAAAUCACUGAUUUGAACAACAAUUGCCUGGAGCAUAUUUUCAAAUUUUUGAAUUUGAAUGAUCUAUUAAACGUAGCCGGUACGUGCAAGAAAUUUCACUCAGCUGCAAAUUAUCCAUUCAGCAGUAAUUUUGGAAAGAAACAGUUUCAUUUACGAUAUACAUACAUAGAACGUGGAUCUUCCGCUUUUUCCAUCGAUACAUUCGAAAACGAUAUUUACAUCCGAAAAUUGAAAAUAUAUUUGAAGUGCUUACGCACCUUUGGUCACUUGAUCAACAAAUUAUGCAUCAAUUACGAUACGAUGCCAAUUCGUGAUGAGAUUGAUUUGUAUAUCAAUCAGUAUUGUUCUGAUUAUGUGAAAGAAAUUGUGUUCUGUUGGUCGAUGAAGGGCGCUAUGAAGAAUUUAACAAAACCAUUUCCAAAUGUGUGGUCGCUUGCAUUUUCCAGUUGCUAUCUCGAAGAUGAAAUAACAAAUUUCAACGAAAAAUUUCCGAAAAUGAAACGUCUCAAGUUCUCCGGUUCGAAUACGAUAGCAACACGCAAAUGCAUUGAAAUGAAUUUUUCCCAUUUGGAGAAUUUGUGCAUCGUAGAUGUUGACACACAUCAAAGCGACACAUUCUUUCAACCCAACAACAUAGCCACUUGCAUACGAUUGAAUCCAGCGCUACGUGAAUUGGAAAUUGGCGGUGAAUUAUUGAACAUUUCAUUUAUACAAAGCGUUCGCAAACAUUUGCAACAUAUUGAGUUUCUUGGCAUUCAACUCCAAAGCCCGAAAUCUUUGCAACUCAACACUGGCACUAUUUCGUUGAAUAUAAAACGAUUGAAAGUUGAUAUUCGUUCAGGGUCAAUGAACCCGGCACGGAUGCCAAAAAUUCCAUUGGUGUCGAAUCAGCUCGAAGAAUUUUCGAUAAAAGCAUGCAAUCUUUGGGUGAAGGAAAGUUUAAUGGACUUUAUCAAAAAAACACCCGAAGUUAAUUAAACUUGUAGUUGAUGAUGAAAGACAAAAUGACAUUAAAUGGAGAUUGCCAGAAGUGACGCAAACAUUGACACAAAUCGAAUUGAAUUUGCACAGAUUCACGCCCGACGAAGCGAUCGAAUUCAUGGCCAGGUAUGCGUCACUGAAAAAAUUUCAGUUCCAAAUGAUUGAUCGGUUUGAUUACGACCUGCUACUGGAUCGCUUGGAUAGAAAAUGGAAGAGAUCAUCAUAUGAUGCGAUGCACGUCACUCUGACACUUAUUGACCAACCAACCACGAACUAAAAUCAACGCUUGAUUUUAUAACUGGUUGUACCAUUGCCUGUUCAUCGUCACCGUUCAACAUUCAAAUUGAAUCAAUGCCUCAACCAUAGUCGAUCGUCAUCAAAUACACAAAGACAUAAACUUUAACAAAUAAAUAUCAUUUUAUUAUUUAAUCCAUCUCUCGAUAGGCAAACCAUUUCAUCUAUUUUUUCUGAACGAAAAUCUGUUCGUUGGAUUUCAUUAUUUAUGUUUAAGCAAAAAAUAUAAAUGCAAUAAAGUUUUUUUCUGUUGUUGAA